UUCACUUAGGCCGCGCAACCUCCGUGGCCGUCCCCCCGGCGCGCAGAUGCGAGUAUUCUUGCGGCGCCGGAAGUCAAAGGCACGUGACCGGGUGACAGCCCUCUCUAGGUUGCCGGGCUCGUUUUAGGUGUUGGCACGGGAUGGCGGAGGCGCCUCCUGUCUCAGGUACUUUUAAAUUCAAUACGGAUGCUGCUGAGUUUAUUCCUCAGGAGAGAAAAAAUUCUGGUCUAAAUUGUGGGAGUCAAAGGAGACUAGAUUCUAAUAGGAUUGAUAGAAGAAAUUAUAGUUCACCACCUCCCUGUCACCUUUCCAGGCAAGUCCCUUAUGAUGACAUCUCUGCUGUUCAUCAGCACAGUUAUCCUUUGGGAGGCAAACCUAAAAGUCAACAGAUUUCUUUUCAGUCCUCUGCUUCUAACAAAUCACUCAAGAGCCAUGGCCUUCAGAAUCAACCUUGGCAGAAAUUGAGGAGUGAAAAGCAGCAUAUCAAAGUCAAGAAAGUACAGAAUCUCACUGACCAGACCUCAGAUGCAGCUGGCUUAGAAAGUGUGGCAAGGUCGGAGAGUGGGACAAACCCCAGAGAACACAGCCCUUCUGAGAAUGAGAAGGAAAUUGUUGGUGCAGAUCCCAGGGGAGCAAAACCCAAAAAAGCAGCCCAGUUUGUGUACGGCUAUGGUAGAGGACCAAAAGUCAAGGGAAAACUCAAAUGUGAGUGGGGUAACAGAAUGACUCCAAAAUCCGAGGAUGCUGGACCUGAAAAUACCAAACCUGUGGGGGUUAUCCACCCUGACUCUUUGGAUACAUCCUUUAAGAAAGGAAUAUUGGAUGGGUAUGCGGCCAAACGCAAUGAGCAAAGAAGAUACCCACAGAAAAGGCCUCCCUGGGAAGUGGAAGGGGCCAGGCCACGACCAGGCAGGAAUCCACCAAAACAAGAGGGCCAACGACAUACAAAUGCCGGACCCAGAAACAACAUGGCCCCCAUUCCAAAGGAUAAUCCUAAUGAAAGACCAGCAAAAUCUGCCUGUGACAAUGGGAACUUGGCAGUCGUCAACAAGUCUUCCAGAAGGGUUGACCCAGAGAAAUGUGCUGUAAGGAGGCAGGAGCCUCAAGUAACAUCUUUCCCCCGAGGCAAACAGAACCACGUGCUAAAGAAUGCGGAAACACACACAGGCUCUCUAAUUGAACAGCUAACUACAGAAAAAUAUGAGUGUAUGGUGUGCUGUGAAUUGGUUCGCGUCACAGCACCAGUGUGGAGUUGUCAGAGCUGUUACCAUGUGUUUCAUUUGAACUGCAUAAAGAAAUGGGCACGGUCUCCAGCAUCUCAAGCAGAUGGCCAGAGUGGUUGGAGGUGCCCUGCCUGUCAGAAUGUUUCUGCACAUGUUCCUAAUACUUACACUUGUUUCUGUGGCAAGGUAAAGAAUCCUGAAUGGAGCAGAAAUGAAAUUCCACAUAGUUGUGGUGAGGUUUGUAGAAAGAAACAGCCUGGCCAGGACUGCCCACAUUCCUGUAACCUUCUCUGCCAUCCUGGACCUUGCCCACCCUGCCCUGCCUUCAUGACUAAAACAUGUGAAUGUGGACGGACCAGGCACACAGUUCGCUGUGGUCAGGCCGUCUCAGUCCACUGUUCCAAUCCAUGUGAAAAUCUUUUGAACUGUGGUCAGCACCACUGCGCUGAGCUGUGCCAUGGGGGUCAAUGCCAGCCUUGUCGGAUCAUAUUGAACCAGGUAUGCUACUGUGGCAGCACUUCCCGAGAUGUGUUAUGUGGAACAGAUGUAGGAAAGUCUGAUGGAUUUGGCGACUUUGGCUGUUUAAAGAUAUGUGGCAAGGACUUGAAAUGUGGGAAUCAUACCUGUUCUCAAGUGUGCCACCCUCAGCCCUGCCAGCCAUGCCCACGGCUUCCCCACCUGGUGCGCUGUUGCCCUUGUGGCCAAACUCCUCUCAGCCAAUUGCUAGAACUUGGAAGUAGUGGUCGGAAAACAUGCAUGGAUCCUGUCCCUUCAUGUGGAAAAGUGUGCGGCAAGCCUCUGCCAUGUGGUUCCUUAGAUUUCAUUCAUACCUGCGAAAAGCUCUGCCAUGAAGGAGACUGUGGACCAUGCUCUCGUACAUCAGUUAUUUCCUGCAGAUGCUCUUUCAGAACAAAGGAGCUUCCAUGUACCAGUCUAAAAAGUGAAGCAGAUGCUACAUUUAUGUGUGAUAAGCGGUGUAACAAGAAACGGUUGUGUGGACGGCAUAAAUGUAAUGAGAUAUGCUGUGUGGAUAAGGAGCACAAGUGUCCUUUGAUUUGUGGGAGGAAACUCCGUUGUGGCCUUCAUAGAUGUGAAGAACCUUGUCACCGUGGGAACUGCCAGUCCUGCUGGCAAGCCAGUUUUGAUGAACUAACCUGCCACUGUGGUGCGUCAGUGAUCUACCCGCCAGUUCCCUGUGGUACAAGACCCCCUGAGUGUACCCAGACCUGUGCCAGAGUCCAUGAAUGUGACCAUCCAGUGUAUCAUUCUUGUCAUAGUGAAGAGAAGUGUCCCCCCUGUACCUUCCUAACUCAGAAAUGGUGCAUGGGAAAACACGAGUUACGGAGCAACAUCCCCUGUCACCUGGCUGAUAUCUCUUGCGGAUUACCCUGCAGUGCCGCGCUACCGUGUGGGAUGCACAAGUGUCAGAGACUCUGUCACAAAGGAGAGUGUCUUGUGGAUGAGGCCUGCAAGCAGCCCUGCACCACCCCCAGAGCUGACUGUGGCCACCCGUGUAUGGCCCCCUGCCACCCCAGCUCACCCUGCCCCAUGACUGCUUGUAAAGCCAAGAUAGAGCUGCAGUGUGAAUGUGGACGAAGAAAAGAGAUGAUGAUUUGCUCCGAAGCAUCCAGUACUUAUCAAAGAAUAGCUGCUAUUUCCAUAGCCUCUAAAAUAACAGACAUGCAGCUUGGAGAUUCAGUGGAAAUCAGCAAAUUAAUUACUAAGAAGGAAAUUCACCAAGCCAGGCUGGAGUGUGAUGAGGAGUGUUUAGCCUUGGAAAGGAAAAAGCGGUUAGCAGAGGCAUUUCAUAUUAGUGAGGAUUCCGAUCCUUUCAAUGUACGUUCUUCAGGGUCAAAAUUCAGUGACAGUUUAAAAGACGAUGCCAGGAAGGAUUUAAAGUUUGUCAGUGACAUUGAAAAAGAAAUGGAAGCCCUUGUGGAGGCCGUGAAUAAGGGAAAGAAUAGUAAGAAGAGCCACUGCUUCCCUCCCAUGAACAGAGACCACCGCCGGAUCAUCCACGACCUGGCCCAAGUGUAUGGCCUGGAGAGCGUGAGCUAUGACAGUGAACCAAAGCGCAAUGUCGUGGUCACUGCAGUCAGAGGGAAGUCCAUUUGUCCUCCUAGCACGCUGACAUGUGUCCUUGAAAGGGAAAUGCAGUCACGACCUCCACCACCAAUUCCUCAUCACAGACAUCAGACAGACAAGAAUCCUGCAAGCAGUAAUUUACAGAAAAUAGCCAAGGAACCAGUAAUUGACUACUUUGAUGUCCAGGACUGAGAAGAUCAAGAUGCACUUAGAUAAAAGAAUGAUUAGCACAGGGUCAGUGGCCCCAAACACAGCAGGAAGCCCACGAGCAUCUGUUAACAUCUUUGAAGCAGUGGUUCAAUGGAUGACCUGCUCAUGAAGAACAUCUCAGAAUUCAGGAGGCAGGAGACCUGAUUCUAGAUGCCAGCUGUGCCACAUAACUCGCCACUUGAUGGAAUGGAGGUAUCCACCUGCCUUAGCAGGGUCGUUGUAAAGAUUAAAUGAGAUCAGAUACAUGUAGGUGCCUGAUCUAUCAUGAAUGCUAAAAGUUUAUAUAAAUGAUACUUGGGGGUGCCUGACUGGCUCAGCUGGUAGAGCAUCUGACUCUAAUUUUGGGGUCAUGAGUUCAAGCCCCAUGUGGGGUGUAGAGUUUACUUAAAAAAAAAAUGAGGGGCACCUGGGUAGCUCAGUCCGUUAAGCUUCUGACUUUUGAUUUCAGCUCAGGUCAUGAUCUCAGGGUUAUGAGAUGAGCUCUGCUCUGGGCGUGGAGGCUGCUUAAGAUUCUGUCUGUCCUCCCUCUGCUCCUCCCCCACCCACCUCUCUCUGUCUGUCUCCCUCUCUUAAAAAAAAAAAAAAAGAUACUUAGUAUCUGGAAAAUAUAUAAGCAUCUUCUUCCUCCAUACUAUUAGCUAAGUAAAAGUAUAGAAUGCUAAACAGACCUCUUCUGGAGAAUGCUUAUGUGCCCACCACGUGCAGCCUUGUGCUAAGGCUGUGGCCUGUUCUUCACAGUUAGUAAUCCAGCAGAGGACACAUACCUGAACAAAUAUCUAUAAUGGAAUUGGUCAUCUACAAAUAAGUCAUUAGUCUGUUAUUAAAAGCUGAGUAGAGCCAUAAGAGGAGUUUCCUGUGACGUGGUAGGAGUGGGUUAGCUCUCGUGGUUGGGAGAAGGGAAACGGGAGGAAACAUUUGGGCUGAGUCUUAAGAUGGUAGUCUGCCAUUAGAAGAAGAAGAGAAGCAUGCCAAGGAAAGAUAAAUAGCGUAAGACAAGCCCAGGGAUGUGGUUUGUGGUGGGGUUGAAGAACAGUUAUUUGUUCAGAGUGGGCAGACAACUGGAAGGACAGGUGAUGAGGCUGGAGAGGUAGGAAGGGGUCAGCUGUGGAGAACCACAAGGAGCCACUGGAGGGUCCUAAGCAGAGAAUGGCAUGACUGGAUUUUUGAUCCAGAGUGGGAGUCAGCAAAUGUUUUCUGUAAAGGUCCAAAUAGGAAAUAUUUUAGGCUUUGUGAGUCUUAGAGUUUCUGUUGCAGCUACCCAGCUCUGCCAUUGUGAUGUCAAAGUGGCCGCAGACAAUACAUAAGCAAAUGAGCAUGACUCUGUCCCCGCAAUACCUUAUUUUAUAGACACUGAAAUUAGAAUCUCAUACAAUUUUUCAUGUCACAAUAUCAUUUUUUUCCCAGCUAAAACCAUUUUUAGCUCAUGGGUUGUACAAAAACAGGCAGCAGGCUGGAUUUGGCCAAGGACCUUAGUUUGCCCGCCCAGUUCUAGAGCAGUGUCUCCAGCAGAGUGUAUAGAAGGGAUUGGAGGAUUAACUUUGAGGCAAGAGACCCAGGAAAGAGCUAUAGGGAGUGAUCCAAGUGAAAGAUGAGGAUGGGGGUUAGUGCUGCAAAGGGAAGAGAUUCAGGAGAUUGGAUAGGAUGCUUGGGGUCAUCGGGGAGCUAACACCCCUCGGAUCACUAAAGGGGCCCCAGGCCCCCUCAGCAAGGGGAAGCUCCUUUCUCAUGGGUUUGGCAGAUUCUCCACUGAGCAGUGGCCUUGGGCAAGAAUUUACAUGUGGACUAAAGGAAUCCAUUCGUGGAGGAAUCCCACGGGUGACGACCCCACAUUACUGCUCCCUGAGAAUCAGGUGAUAGCAUCCCUUCCCCUUCCAGGCCCGCCCUCUCCUUCAGCAGGAGGUUCUUUAUGGGGCCAGAGCUUUUCAGAGACCCAAGUUCUUAUCUCUGGAAUUCCCUCUGGCUUGUCAGGCAGGGCUGGCUCCUUUCAACAGUGGUGCCAGUCUGAGGUGCAGUGGGAGGUUGUAUUCAGGCUUGGAGAUGAAAGCAGCCCUCCUGAUUGCAGGGGUCUGUGUGAAGCAGCUCUGGAUCCUGUCCUGGACAGGCCAGAGAGCAGACCACGGGAGGGGAAGAAAGAAUGUCAGUCUUGUAGGAGAGGUUCAAAGUCUCAAACAGUGGGUCCUGUGAUUUAGGUUUGGGGGAGGGGAUCCUUCCAUCAUGGUGUCAGCCUUCUUGCUUCAUGCCUGAAAGCCUGGAGACCUUGUUCUCUAAGGAUAACCUGCUAGUGUGCCUUCUCUUCUAAAAUUGGGGUGUGAAUGCCUGGUCACCUUCACAGACCUGCCUUCCUCAUCAGUCCUUUCAUAUGCCCAGCCAUACCCAUUGUGAAAUUUCUUCCUCCCAAGCUCCCUACAUGACCUCAGCACAGAUACCCCAGACGAUCUCUCAUGGCUUUUUAGAGCCCACAAAUCCCCAAAGAGCUCUAAGCUAGCCCAACCCUCAGUCUACAAAGGCCUAGCCCAGAAGGGGCAAGGCUCCAUGGGGUCACUCUCAGUGUGAGCCAGGCCAAGACUGGAAUCUAGGUCGGGAGGUGUCUGAGUCCUCAAGGAAAGGGCAACUGUCUUCCCCAAACAGGAUUCCCUUGGAGCCCUUCCCAGUGGCCCGGGCCACCCUCAGCCUCAGGCUUUAUGCGGUAACUCUUCAUAAGGCAUAGCCUCCUGGGAGAGAGGGAGAGAAAGAAUCUCAAGCAGACUCCCCACUGAGCACGGAGCCCAACACAGAGCUUGAUCCCACGAUACGAGAUCAUGACCUAAGCCGAAACCAAAAGUUAGAUGCUCAACCAAUGGCAUCACCCAGGUGCCCCUGAAGUAUAUAUUACUAUCUCCAUUUUACCAAUGGGUAAAGGUUGAAGUUAGGUCCCUUGCCCGAGAUCACUCAAUGAAUAAUUGGGGAUCUGAAAUUCCUGUAAGGCCGGACUCCAAAACCUGUGUCCUCCACUACACACACAGUUUACCUUGGAGUCUCUGGGACUGCAAUAUCUGGCAGGUCAGGACAGGUGGGAUGGAAGUUUAUACUGUGUUCUAAUGUAGGGAACACCAGCAACCCCCAGAAAAUGGGACUUUUCCUAGAAUGGCUGCUAAGGGACAGUAUGUAUCCCCAAACCAGGAGCCUGGGGAGUGGUGGGGUAGCGGUUCCACUUUGCUUCAAAAAAAGCUCUUACUUAAAACUUUUUAGUAGAGUUUAUAACCAGUAUCUUUAAAAAUUAUUACCUCUCCAUUUUUUUAAAAUACUGUUUUCUGUUUGUUGACAUAAACAGCAUAAGCACGGGGAAAAACAUAAGUCACGCAGAUAUCUGAAGGAAAAACAUCCCAGGCAGAGGGAACAGCCAUUGCGAAGACUCAAUGGUGGAAACAUCCCAUGUACCUUGAAGGAACAGCAAAGCCAUCCAGCUGUAGGGGAAUGAAUAGGGAGAAAGAAGCAGGGGCCUGGAGACCAUUGGGAGGCUUAGGGCAGAGGAGUAAAGGAUGUGGUUUGGCUUAUUUUUUGAAAGGAACAUUCCAGCUGAUGUAUUGAGACUACACUAUAGGGGUGACUCAGAGCAAAAAGGCUGGAAGAUGAUCAGAAGACGACUUCUGUAAUCCAAGAGAGGUCUGGGUGAUGGUGGUGGGGUGAUGAGAAGUGGUUGGUUUCUAGAUAAUUUUGCAGGUAACACCUAUAGGGUUUGCUAACAGCUGGGAUGUGGGUGGGGUGUGAGAGAGAAUGGAGUCAGGGACGACUUCAAAGAUUUUGGCCUGAGCAACGGGAAGACUGAAUUUGCCAUUUACUGAGAUAGGAAAGAGUGUGGGAGGAGCAGGCUUGAGGGAUGAAAAUCUGUUCAGUGGGUGGUUGUACAUGGGAAUCUAAAGUCUGGAAACAGGAUUGGACAGGAGAUCUAAUUUGGGGAGCUGUUGGCAUAUAAUGGUAUUUACAGGCUGGUAAGGUCACGUUGGGAAGGAGGGUGAAAGAGAAGAGGUCUAAGGACUGUACUCUGGGCACUCCAUCAUCUAGAGGGCAGGGAGCUGAGGACAGGGCAGGAAUCAGACAUUUCUGGAGCCAGAGCUGGGGGUUGAAGUUGGAGGACUCAGUGCUACAGGAAAGUCCUGUGUGGUGGGGGUCUCUGGAGUUUUCCUCCUGGUUGCCUAGGAGAGUCUGGGCUUCUUUUGCUUGCCUGACCGUUCUGAACCUUCUGAGAGAAGGGGCUGGCCCCAUAGUACAAGUCAAUUAGGGUUCCUGGGGCCAGGGGAGAUCAUGGGCCUUGGCUGCCUCCUCCCCUUUAGCCAUCUCUUAAACAUGGGUACUCUCCAGGACUCCAUCAUCUCUCUCUGGGCCACCUCAUCCAUCUGCAAGCCUUCAUGUGCCUCUCUGGACUUAAAAGCUCUAUCUCUAGCCCAGCCUGUGUUUAUCCCUGGAUGCCCCACAAACACCUCCAGUUCAGCAUGUCCAACCUCCAAACUCUCUCCUAGUAUAUACACUACUUUCCAGUCUCUCCUACCCCAGCACUGAUUCUCCCUUAGAAGUUCAUCUUCUCCCUAAUGUCCUCGACCUGGGGCAAGAGGCCAGAAUAGAGUGGGGGUUCUGGGGCAGUGGGGAGGACAGGAACACAUUCUUGCUGGACCUGGCUGGACUGUGCCAAGGGCCUUUUGUGACCCCCAUCUGAGGAAUCCUCCUUACCAGCCGAUGGGGAUUUUGUUGGGUCCCUGGAGGACUCAAGGGAUCAGUCCCAGAUUUAAGACCUCAUCUGUGUGCCUGGGUGUACCUGGCUCUGAGCUGUGUGUCUUCUCUCUCUGCCCCUGACCCAGCCUAUGAAGGUCCAACCGCCCUUAUUAAGACCCCCAACUGGGCCAAGAGCAUAAGCAUCCCCUCCAGAAGCCCCUGCACACACCCUCCAGCACCUACCCACCCCCUUGACUCCUGAGCACAGAUGUAAGGGGAGACCAUGACCUCUGGCAAAUUCUUCCUCACCCUGCUUCAUCACAGCAAAGUGCCAAGGGCAAAAUUGAAACCUGAAGCACCUCGCCUCUGAGCUUCAUUAUCCCCAUUUUACAGAUGAGGAAAUGGAGGCCCAGAGAGGUUCAGUAACAUGCCAAAGCUCAGUGGAGGGCACUUGAGUGUUUGGGGUUAUUUGUUCAUUAGGGGUCUUUGUUUUUUUAGUGUUUCAUUAUUUUAACUGUACCUGUAUGUUAUAUAUGCAUAUUUAUAGGAUGUAUUUCACAAUUUAGGGACCAAACAAAAAAACUAGGCAAGGCCAUAUUGGUAAGGACUGGAAUCCCUACUGUCUACCCCUUACCAAGCCAAUCUCCCCAGGCCUCAGCUUCCUUGGAUGUAAGAUGGGCAUGAUGAUGUGAGGACCACAGGAGGGUGUAGCAUGGCAACAGGGAACGCACUGCCCACAUGCCAGGCAGACUCAUUUUCUCAUCCCAGCAGCCUUGUGAGGUGGGAGCUAUUAUUAUCCUGUCUUACCUAAAGUCAGCCAGCUAGUGAGUGGUAAGAGCCAGGAUUUGCAUCCAGCCUGACUGCCCUCUUUGUGCUCUCAGGGGCCCCAGUAUGGGCCCUGCGGCACCCAGGAGGACUGGGUCAUACCUCUUUCCCACUUCAGGGUCAGCACAGAGGUAGGUACAUAGCCAUGGGUCAGGCUGCACAGCUCUGAGGGGCCACAGGACCCCAGCCUGGCCCGAGAUGGCUGCUCCCAUCUCUUUCUGGGCUGCAGGACCCCAUCUGAGGGAGGAGACAGACUAGCCCGACCGGCGUGCUGCCUGUGGGUGCCUGUCCUCGGAGGCCCUGAGUGGGAAGAACAGGCAAGGAGAGGGAGUGAGGGGCUCUCCCAAAGCCAGGACCACCACGCUGAGGAGCAAACUUUCAUCUGCAAAGUCCUGAAGUGGCCUGGCCUGGGGCUGGGAGUUGUUCCUGCCCUACCCUGUCCCCGUUUCAACCACAGCCUCAGUUGGGGUGGGGGAAGGGAAGUGAGGUCAUGACAUGAGACUGCAAAGUACUGAAGAAGUCAGAGCUGGGGUCUCCCCGCAGACACCAACAAAUCCAAGCCUCAUGCAUAGAUAGGGAAAAUGAGACUCAGAGAAGGGAGGGGUUCCGUCCAGGUCACACAGCCAGUUUGUGUUGGGCUAGGGCCUUGGAGAAUGGGAGCUGAACAGGACUUCCAUGACUCAUAUCCCAACCUGGCUCCCAGAGCUACACAGAUGCAUCUCCUGGAUCCAGCCAGGGCGCAGUUACAGGAGAGACGCGCGCGCGCGUGUGUGUGUGUGUGUGUGUGAGUGAGUGACAGCAGAGCUAAGGGCGCGGUUACAAGAGAGACCGCGUGUGUGUGUGUGUGUGUGUGAGUGAGUGAGUGACAGCAGAGCUAAGGGCGCGGUUACAAGAGAGACCGUGUGUGUGUGUGUGUGUGUGUGUGUGUGUGAGUGAGUGACAGCAGAGCUAAGGGCGCAGUUACAAGAGAGACCGUGUGUGUGUGUGUGUGUGUGUGUGUGUGUGUGUGUGUGUGUGUGACAGCAGAGCUAAGAGCCAGGGACCCACAAGGCACUGUGACGCCCACCCCACCUCAUCCUACUUCUUUCCUUCCUUCCUUCCUGCCUAUCUGCCUGCAGUGAGACCUACGGCCAUCCUACCCUGAAUGCGCCCAAUCUCGUCUGCCUCUCUCUUCCAGAGACCUCCCUUACCUCUGCCCCAGGCCUUGGGCUUACCUCUCCCCUGGGCCUGGCCUCAGUUCACCUUAACCUACUUGUCUGACCUUCUCUUCUUCCACUCUUCCUUCCCUUUUUCCAUUCCAGUAGUGGCCCUCCACACUCCCACCUGAGGGCCUUUCAGUGGCUUCCCUCAGCCUGGAAUGCUCUCUCUCUGGUGUCCACAUGGCUCACUCCCUCUCCCCCUUCAAGUCUUUGUGUAAAGUCACCUUCUUAGUGAGGUCUUUGGUCUUUACGGCCCCAUACGCUUCCUAUCUGUCUUUCCUUUUUUUUUUUAAGAUUUUAUUUUUAUUUUAUUCUUUAAGAUUUUAUUUAACCCAAUGUGGGGCUCAAACUCACAGCUCCAAGAUCAAGAGUCACAAGCUCCACCAACUGAGCCAGCCAGGCACCCCCAUCCCUUCUUUUUUUUAAAGUAGAUUUAUCUGGGGGCACCUGGGUGGCUCAGUCAGUUAAGCAUCUGCCUUCAGCUCAGGUCAUGAUCCCAGAGUCCUGGAAUCGAGCCCCAUAUCAGGCUCCCUGCUCAGCGGGGAGCCUGCUUCUCCCUCUGCCCCUCCCCUCACUCGUGCUCACUCUCCCUUGCAAAAAAUAAAAUAAAAUCUUUAAAAAAAUAAAUAGUUUUGGGCGCCUGGGUGGCUCAGAUGGUUAAGCGUCCUGGGGUCGAGUCCCGCAUCGGGCUCUCUGCUCCUUGGGAGCCUGCUUCUCCCUCUGCCUCUCUCUCUGUCUCUCAUGAAUAAAUAAAUAAAGAAAAGAAAAGAAAAAAAUAAAUAGUUUUAUCACAUAUGUAUGCCCA